GUUGGAGAAAGAAUGCCUGAUACCAUAAUUCCAAAAGUUAUGUUAGAACUUCAAACUAUAUUUUCAGAUUGGACUGAGAAAAGAUUCACAGAGACUAUAACAGAAUUUGUUGCUGCAAUUGCUGUGAUUGUGAAUUUG